AUGGAAAUCAAUAGUCAAUUAAUAGUUAUUUAUUAUCGAUUUGCAGAUUUGAGAAAGAAUAAGACAGAUUUAUGGUUCAAGACGACAGCAGGUUCAACAAACCACACAAACACUACUGAUAUUGUAAAUGAAAUAGAUGAAUAUAAUGGAAAUGACGAAGCGAUUGCUAAUAUAAUUUUGUCAAGUAGAUUACUAUCGGAUGAUAUAAUCACAAAGCGAUAUAUUGCUACUAAACCAACAAACACUACAAAUGCAACCAACGAACCAACAACAACAAUAUCAACAUCAACAGCAGCAACAACUCCAAUUACAGCAACUACAACCACAGCAACAAUAAAAACGAAUAGUGAUUUAGUGAUGUUUGAUAUACGAGUAUUAUCUUACAUUUAUUUUGUUGAUUGUAAACAACCAUUACCUAUUACAACUAAACAAGAGGGUGCAACUAAUGGACGUAUGCCAAGAAAGCGUGGAUCAACUCAACCAUCGAUAUCAACUAUUGUCAAGACAAUGACUAAUCCAAUCACUCCUAUGCUGUCACCAUUCAACGAGACAAUUGUACAGAGUACAUCGAUAUCUGAUUUGCUGAAAAUGGCAAUAGUAAUAGUGUUGAUCAAAGUAAAUCAAAUGGUGUUACAACAACAUCAUCAAGUCAACAACAACGAUGAAGAGAAUGAUGAUAUGGUGAUAACAUCCACAAUUACAUCAUCAAAUAAGAAGGAUGUUAAACAAUCCACUAAUAGAAGUAAUAAUAAUAAUAAUAAUCUUAAGAAAGAAGCAAAUAUAGGAGUAGAACUAAAUAUUAAGAAAGAGGAAUCGAAAAAAGAUUUAAAGAUUACUAUUAAACUUCCUGAUAAACAAAAAGCAAAGAAUCAAUCAACACCAACAACAACUGCAACUGCACCGGCGGCUUCUACUUCUGCAUCAACAACUUUAGCAACUACAAAUACAAAUACAUCAAAUAUAAUAAUUCCACCACCACCAUUACCAGAUUCAAAGAAGAGAAAACAAGUUGAAUCAAAUUCAUCAUCAACUUCAACAAACAAUAACAAUACUAAUGCGCAAGAUAAAAACGAUAAAGAUAAAUGUUCAGAUUCUCCAAGGAGAAAUAGUAUAGAUAGUUCAAACAAGGAUAAUGAUAAAGAUAAAGAAAAGAGUGGAAAGAACAUUAAGAAGGAUGAUAAGAGAAACAGUUCUUCUACUGCACUUGCUGAUGUCAACGGUGGCGGAAGUGGAAGAGGUGACUAUAGGUUUAAUAUAGAUCCUACGAACUCACAUCAGUUUAUAGAAUCACUUUAUUACGAAAAAACAAUACCACCUUGUUCUAAUUUGUUAAGUGCAAAUUUUUUCUCAGGUACAGAUGGUGGUUGUGAAAUGCAAUCUUCAAUAACUCCUGCCGUGCAAAGAAGAUACGAUUUUUCAAAUCAAACACUUGUUCCUUUCACUGGUUAUACAUACUUUGAAAGAUUCUCAGUAUCUUCAACAUGUCAGAAUGCUACCUCAAAUGAUAAGAUUAGAUAUAUUGCAAAGCUUGGACCUGGUGUAUGCUUCCCUUCUGAACAAAAUUAUAACUAUUAUAGUAAUUUUACAUAUAAUCAGGAUACCAAUCAAAUUUCAUAUAGAGUCGGACAAGAAUGUGGAAUCAAAACCCAAGUUAAAAAUAUAUCAGCUCCAAUUGCAUGCAAUAUCACUGAAAAUAGUGACAAUUACGUAAAUAGUAUGACUCUUACCUCUCCGAUGUCUUUUCAAUUGAGUUCACCGAUUUCUACAUCUCCAUACAAGAUCGUUAUACCACCAAUCAACCAAAGCUGGCCUGUUUCGGAUAUCCAGCCUUCAUAUAAUAUCAACUAUAAGCAAAAAGUUCAGUGGGGAAGUUUAAUCAAUACGAUUGAGCAAUCAAUAACUUGUCCAUCUUCAGGUUGUUCACUUCCUAUUACAACAUCACCAAUAUUCGGGGAGUAUUGUACAAGUUCUCUUACUAACCUACCAAGCAAUGUCAGCCUUACAAUUACUCCCAAUUAUUUUGUUGGUACCAACACACAACUACUAAACUCUACAUUUUUUAAUGUAUCGAUCUCAAUUCCUAAAGUUAAAACUGUCACAGUUAUAGCGACAGAAUACACCUCAAUAACUUUGAGAAUCGAUCUUGACAAUACUAGUCUUGGCAAUCUUGCAAAGUAUAUUGUUAAAGCUAAUGAUAAAUGUAUCACUAAUCAAAAUUGUAUAAAUUGGCCAGAGUGCACUAUCGAUGGUAUCUCGCCAAACACAAAUUUGCAAAUUGUUAUUCAAGCAGUUACCUAUGGGUAUGCUGGAGAGGCCUAUACCUUGAAUACUUCUACUAAGUCACUACCAAUAUCUACAACCACAUCGGUACCUUCGACCACUACAACUUCAUCUCCUACAACAACAUCUUCUUCAUGUCCACCCAUAAAUGACUCUACCAGAUUGGUACAAUCAAGCAUUUCAAUCAUACUAUUUUCCACAAUAUCAAUAAUCAGAAUGUACUUAAAAAAAAAUAAUUUGGAAAUUGUAAAGUAUUUACACUCAAAUCGCAGUGAAGGGUGUUCUAGUAAAGCGAUGGAGAAUGCAAUUGAUGCAGGAAAUAUUGAAAUUGUGUCAUGGUUGUAUAACAAUCGUACAGAGGAUUUCAAUCAACAAACAAUGGAUAAAUUAUUCGUGGUGAUCUCCCAAUGUCAAAAUGGCUAUAUUCAAAUUUAA